CAUGCAGAUUUCCCAAACCUGAGGUAGCCAUUAUGAAGACGGCGAAGAAGGUAUCAUCAGCAGAGACCCCUGAUAGUUUUGAAAAAUUGGAAGCUGCGCCACCCACCCCAGAACAGCUGAGAUACGUAUUCAUCCACAAUGCGAUACCUUUCGUAGGGUUUGGCUUUUUGGAUAAUGCAAUUAUGAUUGUUGCAGGAACCCAUAUUGAGAUGUCUAUUGGAAUUAUUUUGGGAAUUUCAACUAUGGCAGCUGCUGCUUUGGGAAAUCUUGUGUCAGAUUUAGCUGGUCUUGGACUUGCAGGCUACGUCGAAGCUUUGGCUGCCAGGUUAGGCCUGUCAAUUCCUGAUCUCACACCAAAGCAGGUUGACAUGUGGCAAACGCGUGUUAGUACACAUUUGGGCAAAGCUGUUGGGGUGACUAUUGGCUGCAUUCUAGGAAUGUUUCCUUUGAUUUUCUUGGGAGUAGGUGAAGAAGAUGAAAAACUGGAAAAGAAAAAUUAACCCUCGUAGAGUACCUAUAAAAGAUGUAAACUAAUGUACCUCAACGAUUAAAUAUGCUGUCACAACAUUUAGGAAUUAAGACAGUAACAGUGUAUAGAUAUGGGAUCAAAUAAUUCAGCAUGUAUUAUGGAAAACACUAACUUAUUGUGGCUUGGUUUUCUUAGGACAUCUUUUUAAAAAAAACUGUUUAGUAUCAUUUUGUGUAAAUUGUUGAAGUGCUUUUUCAUCAACGGCAGUCAACAUUUUAUCUUUUCCUUCUCUUUCUUUAUAUAUCCAGAUAUCAUUUAUCAGUCAUUGAUGUAUUGUAUUGACUUGGGGUUUGCUUAUUUGUUAUGUAAUGUGUAUAUGCAUGAAAACAUUUUCUGUUGUUGUGUUCCCUAUAGUUACAAUUCAACCUUAAGAUUUUUCCAAAUUACAUAAGAUGUUUAUUGUCAGUUGAAGAUUUUUUACUCGCUUUCUGGCAACAUCAAUUUUGUACUGUUUCACAGAAAACAUUCAUAAUCAUAUAAUUUCAGUCACUUUUAUUUACUCCCAUAUCUAUUCAAAACAGAUGCAGACUUUAAAUAUUUUAAGUUUCUGUUACUCAUUCUAAUUUCUUGUCUCAAGUGCCAGAGGUCAAUCAGAAUGAGCAGUUAUGUGGUCUUCAUACUACAUAAAACCAUACAUCUUUUUU